UCUUCUGGAAAGGCUGAAGCACAAGUGGAAGCGUCCAGGGGAGAGUAAAGAAUUUGGGAACCGUAUAUGCAUCCGUUCAGCGCACCUUGCUUCACGGCAACUGAUGUCAAUGCAACUACAGGAAAAAACUGCCUUCACUUCUGUAGAACUUGGAAGAAUACGAAAAGUUCGCCUGUCCAGAAGAGGAGCCCCUUGGAAAACUUGCAAACUUCCAUAACCAAGCCACAACAACCAAUUAUCUACGUCCAGCAAGGAGCUAGUAAUCACACAGGCAAGGACCCAUGCUCGUCCUGCAGCAAGCUGACAUGAUGGACCGGUUCAAAGCUGCUUACUGUUACAACACAUGCACGUUGUGAUGACCCAUCGACUGUCAGGUCAAGUCAAUAAUGAAGACUCUUAAAACCAAGAGAGCAUAAUAAGUGUGCCAUCAGAUGUAGGAACUGAGCCAAACCAAAAGAGCCAAUGGCACUUCUUCUCUUUCCCUUCCUUCUGCUACUGUCCUCACCAUAUGCGCAAGCUCAACAAAACAUCACCUUAGGCUCCUCCUUGACACCCGAAGGGCCUAGCAGUUUUUGGCUCUCGCCGUCCGGUGAUUUCGCGUUUGGCUUCCGGCCCACUGAGGGUAACACCUCCUCCUAUUUGCUCGCUAUUUGGUUCAACAAGAUCAGCGACAAGACGGUGGCUUGGUAUGCCAAGACCACUGAUCAAGAUCCAUCGCGUGUGCAAGUUCCAUCUGGUUCACGCCUCCAGCUCACUUCUGUUGGUGUGCUCUCGCUCCGGGACCCCACAGGCACAGAGGUAUGGAAUCCUCGAAUUGUUGGUGCAGCCUACGCUGCCAUGCUCAAUUCGGGAAACUUUGUACUGGUUGCUCCACAUGGCUCAACCCAGUGGGAGACUUUCAAUAACCCAACAGAUACCAUCCUGCUCACUCAGGUGCUCACUGCCCCGAAGAUGCUCCGAAGCCGGAUCAUGGCCACCGACUACUCCAAUGGCCGCUUCCUCCUUAACCUGCAAAUUGAUGGCGUUUCCCUUCAUUCUGUUGCUAUGCCAACCAAAAACCUAUAUGACUCCUACUGGUCGACGGAUGGGAACACCACAAACCUGGUGUUCGAUGCCUCUGGGAGAAUAUACAUCACCACGGAUAACGGCACGCAAAUCAAUUUGACAUCUCGGGGUAUUGGCUCCAUGGGGAACUACUACCAUCGCGCCACACUUGACCCAGAUGGUGCGCUCCGGCAAUAUGUGUACCCAAAGAAGGUCAGCAACCCACAAAGUCAGGCAUGGUCAGUAGUGGGCAUGGAACCUCAAAAUAUCUGUGAAGCAAUGGCAGAUAACGGCAGUGGUGCGUGUGGGUUUAACAGUUACUGCAUGUUGAAUGGCACAACUAAUCAGAGUACCUGCAUGUGCCCAGCACAGUAUUCAUUUAUUGAUGAGGAGAGGAAGUAUAAAGGCUGCAAACCUGAUUUCCAGUCACAAAGUUGUGGCUCAGAUGAGGCAGCUGCCAUAAUGCAGUUUCAGAUCAUAUCGAUGGAUAAUGUGGAUUGGCCUUUAUCUGACUAUGAGACGUACACCCCCAUAACUAUGGACCAGUGCAGGCAGCUCUGUCUGACAGAUUGUUUCUGUGCCCUUGCUGUGUUCCAUGACAAUGACAGUACAUGUUGGAAGAAGAAGAUGCCUUUAUCAAACGGCAUGUUCGACAGUAGUGUGACAAGGACAGUUCUUAUCAAGGUACCAACGAAUAACAGUACACAGUCUGAGCACGUUGAUUCCAGCAAAUGGAAGAAAGAUAGGAAGUACUGGAUCAUUGGAAGUGCAUUGUUUCUGGGAGGCUCUGUCAUGGUGAUCAUUCUCCUGAUCUCAGUUAUCAUAUUCGGUGCUUAUUGUACUAUUACCAUAAAUGAAGUCCCAAAUCUGCAGUCACCAAACAAUUUAGGAUUGCCCCUGAAAGCCUUCACUUAUGCUGAGCUUGAGAGGGCAACCAGCGGAUUCCAGGAGGUACUUGGCACAGGUGCCUCUGGUGUUGUGUACAAGGGCCAGCUACAAGAUGAUCUCGGUACCUACAUUGCUGUCAAGAAAACUGACAGGCUUGAGCACGAAACAGAGAAGGAGUUCACCGUUGAAGUCCAAACUAUUGGUCAGACGCACCACAGGAACUUGGUCAGAUUGCUUGGCUUCUGUAAUGAAGGAAAAGAAAGGCUAUUGGUAUACGAAUUCAUGGUCAACGGCUCACUCAACAGAUUCCUAUUUGGUGAUGUCAGGCUUCAGUGGAACCUUCGAGCUCAGCUUGCUCUCGAGGUGGCAAGAGGGCUGCUUUACUUACAUGAGGAAUGCAGCACACAGAUUAUCCAUUGUGACAUAAAGCCCCAGAACAUCCUUCUCGAUGGCAACUUCACCGCAAAGAUCUCAGACUUUGGCUUAGCCAAACUGCUCCGUACUAAUCAGACACAAACAAACACAGGGAUCCGUGGUACCCGAGGAUAUGUUGCCCCUGAGUGGUUCAAGAGCAUUGGUAUCACUGCCAAGGUGGAUGUUUACAGCUAUGGGGUCAUUCUUUUGGAGCUCAUCUGUUGCCGGCGAAAUGUUGAGUCCGUGGUGGCAGAAGAGGAUCAAAAAAUCCUGACUUACUGGGCAAAUGACUGUUACAGGUGCGGAAGAGUUGAUCUUCUGGUGGAGGGUGAUGAUGAAGCAAUUUUCGAUUUGAAGAAGGUAGAAAGGUAUGUGGUCGUGGCAUUGUGGUGUCUCCAGGAGGACCCAACUAUGAGACCAACAAUGCUGAAGGUGACACAAAUGCUUGAUGGAGCCGUUGCUAUCCCCACUCCUCCUGAUUCUUCUUCAUUUGUCCAAUAGCUUCCAUAGGGUCGCUCCUGCACAUUGUAACAUUAAUAUAUGUAUGAACCAACAUAGAGGUGUAAGAAAUAUGAUAUAGCUAUAUACUGAAUGCUGUUCUUGUUAGGGGAAUAUAUAGUGAAUGUUUCUGUUGCUGGUA